AAUUUACAAUUGCGUGUUCAACGAAUUUGCACUAUCGCGUCAUCCGUCCAGCUGAAUAUUAUUCGUACGUCGUGUUUCAUAUUUCCCAAUAUUAUCGACCGAAUUGUUUUAGCAAUACGAACAUUCUUCAACGUUACGUACAAUAUUUUAGUGAUCUUCCUCGCACAAUAACUGUUCCGUGAGACGUUUCACGAAAAAGAAAAAAAAAAAAAAAAAAAGAAACAAUCGUGAUCGAAAGAGUACACGUGUACUCUGGAAAACGGUGUUUUUCUAUUAACAUAAAACCGAAAAGCAGCAGAAUGAUCCAUCCUUGCGCUCGAUUGGGAAACAUCCUGAUAUAAGAGAAUAUCUUUAGAUAAAGAAAAUCUUUGAACAGUCAUUAUCGACGGCCAGACAAAGGUAGACAAAGAAAAGGUUGCAAAAGUUUCAUUUUUUUCUAAGUCUUACAAAAUCUAACAACUAGUGGACUGAAACGAUCAACUGUGUUUUGUGUCGGGUUCACGCGUUCAUUUGGUGGCUGGCUUACGUUCUAGAUGCUUGUGGAGCAACCAUCGACUGGUAGUUAAUUAAUCUUAAUGACAUGAAAGAAUGAAACGAGAAACUGUUAUUACCUGCGUAGAGUCAAACAGACGAGCCAAAACGAUGACAACCGUACUAGAUGGCAGCUACCAACGCAUGGAGCCAUACGAAGGAGAGGAGGAAGAGGAUGGAGAAGACGACGACGAACACGAAGAGACACCACAGGAAUCUGGUGUUAUGAUUCACGUGGUGCCAGAGGGUAACAAAGCUAGAUGGAAUCAUGUCGAAGAUUUGGAUUCGUUUUUCACAAGAAUGUAUCACUACCACCAGAAACAUGGAUUCGCUUGUAUGAUGCUGCAAGAAGCGUUUGAACUAGGACAAUUUAUUUUUGUAGUUGCUUUUUCAACAUUUCUCUUUCACUGCAUCGACUAUUCCGUAUUGUUCAAAAACAAAGUAACAAACAGCACCUCGCACAAAACGUCCAUCAGCGACGCGAUUCUGUCCACGGGCGAAUGUACGGCAUCUGUGGGUCUGGUCACUUGGAUCUGUAUUUUAGUAGCCGGAAUUUUUUGGAUUUUGCGAGCAAUCAAAGUUUUAUACCAUUUCACGCAGUUUUGGGACAUAAAGCUGUUCUUUAACACCGCGCUGAAAAUCGACGACAGCGAUCUGGACAAUCUUACUUGGCACGAGAUACAAAAGCGAGUUAGAGAAGUGCAAAAAGAGCAAGAGAUGUGCAUUCACAAAAGGGAGCUCACGGAAUUGGACAUAUACCAUAGAAUAUUACGGUUCAAAAAUUACAUGAUAGCUAUGAUCAAUAAAUCCUUGCUACCUGUACGGCUCAAAGUCCCCAUCAUCGGAGAAGUUAUAUUCAUGACGAGGGGGCUUAAGUACAACAUGGAAUUGCUUCUGUUUUGGGGUCCGUGGUCUCCGUUCGAAAACAAUUGGCAUCUCAAGGAAGACUAUAAAAAGCUAAACAAAAGGCAAGAACUAGCUAGGUCACUGUCCAAGCACAUCUUGUGGGUCGGUAUCGCGAAUUUUAUGCUUUGCCCCUUGAUCCUACUCUGGCAGAUACUUUAUUCGUUUUUUAAUUACGGAGAGAUUAUCAAACGAGAGCCGGGAACUUUGGGCACAAGGAUGUGGUCUCUCUACGGUCGCCUCUACCUCCGACACUUCAACGAGCUGGACCACGAAUUAAACGCACGGUUGAAUCGCGCCUAUCAUCCGGCUUCGAAAUACAUGAGCAUUUUUACAUCCCCGAUCAUGACCGUCCUCGCGAAGAACGUCGCUUUCGUCGCUGGAAGCGUAUUAGCAGUUUUAUUGAUAUUGACAGUCUACGAUGAAGAUGUAUUAACCGUGGAGCACGUGCUGACCACGAUAACCAUAUUGGGCGCGUUGGUGGCAGGUGCCAGAGCGUUCAUACCGGACGAGAACUUAGUAUGGUGCCCGGAGACUCUCUUAACCGCUGUUCUAGCGCAUACACACUACAGACCGGACAGUUGGCGAGGGCAUGCUCACACUCAAACGACCAGGGCGCAAGUGGCACAGUUGUUCCAGUACCGCGCCGUUCAUCUCUUAGAAGAAUUAAUCUCCCCUCUGCUCACACCGUUCAUCUUGUGCUUCCACAUGAGACAACGAGCCUUGGAUAUAGUCGACUUCUACCGAAAUUUCACCAUCGAGGUGACGGGGGUCGGAGAUGUAUGCAGCUUCGCGCAGAUGGACGUGCGGAAGCACGGGAACCCGAUGUGGCAGACGGUCACUCAGAGUCCCAUCGAGGACCGUGCGGCCACUCAGGGUUACGAUAACCAACGGUACGGUAUGGAGCCGGAGAAACUACAGAUCCCUAUGUCGAAUCAGUACACGCAAGCGGAGAACGGGAAAACGGAACUGUCCCUGAUACAUUUUACUUUGACCAACCCUGAGUGGAAGCCACCGAGUCACGCAGAGAAUUUUGUCACAGCUUUGAGGGAAAGGGCGAAGAAAGAAGUGCACGGUGUGCACGGGGAGAUCAAUCCUCUCUUGGCGAGUCUGAGCAGCCUGUCUGGUCUGGGACCAGGUUAUAACGAUAUCGUUUCGAAUAUAAUUCGAAGCACCAUGGUGAACCAAGUGCUAGGAGGGGCGAGCACCAGCAACGUAUUCGCGAAUCAACCUGCUACCUCGACUGCUUUGGCCGGCGGCGUUCACGAGUCGUCGAUCUUCAGGUCGGACUUUUUGUCGUACGCGGCGGUUCGACGCGGCUUAAGUAAAGCGGAAGGCCCGAUACACAACGACAAAGGGUUCCUUUACGGAUUGCAACAAGGAAUGUCGAAUCAGUCUUUAGGCGCCUCUGUGUUCGGCUCGACCCACGAGAUGCCUACCGAUUUCUCUUUACCGGUGGAAUUGACUGCUGCCGAUAUGUCUCUGUCUACAUUGUACCUGCACGAACUUCAUCACAGACAAGUUCAACGAAGGGGCUAUCAAGAAAUGGCCACGAGAAGCAUAUGGCAGCAAAGUCCUGUCCAGGAGCUCGCCACGAGAAGCAUAUGGCAGCAAAGUCCUGUCCAGGAGCUCGCCACGCUUCCUAAAGUAAGACAGGAAAGAGCACCGUUGCUGUUACAUCAGGACUCCUCGAUAAGAAGCAACAGGGACUCCGCGUACAUCGCCAACACACAUUUAGAUAACAUUUGAAUCAUAUUCCCGCAGUGAUAUCUCUCGUCACUUUGAAGAAAAUAAAAUGUUUUUAUCAUUCGCUUGUA